UCUUCUCUAAACAUUCGUAGGACGCGUGUGUGAGGUAGGAGCGGCGUGUGCGCGUGCGCCGGUGCCAGUGCAGUGUUGUGCGCCGUCGUCGUCGCCCGCGAGCAUGACUCCCACGCAACUUGCGCUCGCCGCCGCCGCCGCGCUGCUUGUCUGCGCACGCGCAGAACCUCCACACAAGAACAGCUUCAGUGUGAAGCUCCGCAUGACUCCCGAGAAACAUCGAGCUGUGCUCAAUGGAGAACCCGACGAUGGCCAGCCCCCGCAGUCCCGGCAGUACUUCUACAAUUCUCUGGUAGACAGUACAAAGCAAUCUCUCGCCGAUCAACGUGCGACUAAAGACAUGAACAAUAAAGACCCGCAGAAUUUGCUGCUAGGCGACAGCCACGACAAGGAGUACAAUGACGACAAGGAAAACUUAGGACGGAGGAAAUAUACGAAUGACCGCGAAGACAAAGCAUACCCUUCAGGCAAGCGCACGGAGCUGCCGUCGGGCUGCCUGUACGAGGGCCGCUGGUACAACGACGGCGCGGCGGUGAACACGCGCGAGGACUGCCUGCGCUGCGUGUGCGCGCACGGCGCGCUGUCGUGCCGGCGCCGCGCGUGCGAGCCGCUGCCCGACCCGCUGCCGCUGCGCUGCCACGUGCGCCACCGCCGCGGCUUCUGCUGCCCCGAGCUGCAGUGCCCAGAUGGUGUGAAGCUGAUGGAGCAUAAACCCACUUUAACGUCAGAUAAAACUGAGUAUGACAGCGAGCCAGACGUGCCGACGGCAACACCGGCCUCCUCGGCUAAUGUGUUCCCAGCGUGCGUGGAGGGCGGCAGCGUGUACGCGGCGGGCUCGGCGCUCAGCUCGCGCGUGGCGUGCGAGCAGUGCUUCUGCCUGCGCGGCGCGCGGCACUGCGUGCGCCCGUCCUGCCUGCCGCCGCCGCAGCACUGCGCGCCGCGCCCCGCCACCGGCGCCUGCUGCCCGCAGCGCUACUACUGCGACUCCUCUACUGAAAAACCUAAUCAAAAUCCAAACCAGUUUGACUGCCUGGUGGACGGCACUCUGGUGCCGGAAGGAUCCCCGGUGGCGACGCGCGGCAACUGCUCGUCGUGCUUCUGCCUGCGCGGGGAGGUGCGGUGCCAGGCGAUGGGCUGCGCGCCCGAGCUGGCCGGCUGCCGGCCGCUGCUGGCGCCCGGCGACUGCUGCGCGCACCAGUACGUCUGCGACCACGUGGAAGAAGAACUUCUAUCACACGUCAUAAUGGGACCGGUAAACUCUCCAGCAUCUUUAAGAUCCGACGAGCGGACUUUCCAUUUGACAAAAGCCACCAAAGUAGAAACCACGACAAAGAAGACAGCGACGCUAUUUACAUUGAAACACAUAUCUUUCGCGUCAGCCACUAAGAACCAUCUCGUCACCACUGCCAAGGUUAAAAGAAGAACAGACGACCAACUCUCCGACUCCGUCCGGGAUGACGACCAAGCCGAUAACGCCACGUCUUCCGAAACCACUACCACUCAGAAACUGACAAAUGCCGCCAAAUAUGUACCCAAUACCCAGUCCAUCACUGUCACUUAUCCAGAAAUAACUACAGAUCAACCAGAAGCAAUCGUCAAAAUUACGGUCAACGGAACUAUAAACUGUACAGCUGAACUGUCUUCUACGUCCUUACCUCUGAACUUGGUUCACAAUGACACUGACAAAAUCCAGGAGGAAGCGAUAGCUCGAGUGCCGAUUGUCAAUGUGGAAGCACAAACAUACUCGCCCAACGACAUAAUUACCGACAGAAGCGUCGACGGUGGCUUCGACGACGCGGAUACAUUCACAAUAAACGUGACGAGCUCGUUGAUCACCAACACCAGCCUGUCCACGGCCAGACCCGCGAUGACGGCCGCCAAGAUAUCAAUAUCGGGCCCGGCCCAGGAUGCGCUCAAUGUCUCUAACAACAAAAAGGCCGAAUAUGAUUACGAUUACGCAGAACCAACACUGCCGCCAUCAUUGCCGAACUUAAAGAUCAUUCCAUUUGUAGCUGCCGAUGCAGUCGUUGAAGAUGACCCUAUCAAGGACUCUGUCAGAUAUCCGAUACUGGAGAGACCGGACAAGUUCCCGGUGUACUAUCCCGCCGCCGCUGCCGACACCAAGGACGACACGUUCCCUAUCAGACGAGAAGAUACAUACCAACCCACGCAAUACCCAAUCUUUGUAAUGGGCAAAGUGGAGCCAUCGUAUGCUCCCGUCAGCCAGAAGGUGGAGCCGACCAGGGAAAGAUACCCCGAGCACAAUGAUCUAGGCGUCCAAGAGUAUACUGUGUCGGCUUCGCUAGGCAGUCCCAUGUCUGGUGUGCAGGCAGUCACUAAGGUUCCCACGACCAGUACCACUUUUGAAGUGGAGACACCAACUGUAAAUCGGUUUUCUCCACCAGUGGAAACUCAAGGUGGAUUCAUCCCGAAGGGGUCAGGUGUAGUCGAUGACUUCUUCGGAGUGUUUACUAGCACUGAACCGACCUCGACCGUCCCUCACCUCACCACGUCCAUGCAACUGGAUGUGAAGCGUAUACAAGGUGAAUGUAUCGCAACCGACGGGCGCCACGUACCCGGCGGCGAGAGUAUCGUGAUGGGCUGCCAUCUGUGCACGUGCUCGUGGGUGGAGCUGGUGUGCGAGCGCCGGGCCUGCGCCGCGCCGGCCGCCGGCUGCUGGUACCAGCCCGUCUCCAACCACUCGGCAGACCCCUGCUGCGGAGACAUCACCUGCGAUAACAACAGCGCAGGCAAGAAUACGUCCACCACAGCUGUGCCAGUUGACAGUAAAAGUAAACAAAACGAAGCCAAAGACGCAGUCCAGCCACACACCACACCCAAGCCGUCUGGAGAUAACAACACUACAGUCGCUGAACCAAGCGCCACCAGUAACAAGAGCGCCACGGCUAACGAAACAAAAGCAAUUAAUGGAAGUGUUCCGACCGCAACCGCGACCACACCCGCGGCCAAUUCUACUAAUGCGACAUCUACUACUGCUACUACUGCUACUUCUGUCAAACCGACCAAUCCGACGACUGCACCCGUUCCUGUUAAGCAGGAUGGUGAGUUUUCCCACGACGAUGAAGAUGAAGAUGACGAAGAAGAGUUCUCAUUCGGCAGCGUCCUGAAGCUUCUCCUCAGUGAUAGUUACGAAACUACAACUACCUCGAACAGAAAGACCACCAGCAGAGCCACCCCCAGGCCUACCACCGCGCCUCCUGCUCCUAUUGCCACAGACCCACCGGACAAUCCCCUGCCCGAGCCACCCGUGGUAGACUCCUUAUUCUUCAAGCCUCUCCCGUCACACCUUUAUACUCACCCAAAAAUACCUUCGAACCUGAACACAGUCCACAGGAUAGACCACCUCGUACUCGGAGAGGCCACCGCCAUCACACGACCACCCAUCCGGCCCAUCACGAUCAGGACCACCAAGCGCCCGCCAUUGCACACCUUUGAUACGACAGAAGGAAAACCGGUGAUGCUAGAGGUGCCCGCCCCGUUCGUAUCUAUUGCUCCCGGAGGACCCGUACCCAACGCAGGAGGUUUGCUCGGCCCGGGGCUUCUGAAGCUCGCAGGCUGCAACAUCUACGGGAGGAUGUACAGGGUUGGAAGGAUCAUCACGGAGCUGUCGACUCCGUGCCAGGAGUGCUGGUGUACGGAGCUGGGGGUGCAGUGCAAGCCGCUGGCGUGCUGAGGAUCAGAGAGGAGUGUACAGCGUUUAAUUGAGCAGUUGGUUACGUGGCUGGAGGAAUGCGCUCGCACUGCUGCCUGCUGCCUGCCGAGUGCUCCGAGUGCGGAGCCUGCGCGCGGCCUGCACGCUGAUGUUGUAAUUACGUGUUCGGUGCCGGGCGGGGACUGCUCAUACUCUUGUCCGGGCGCUAGUUGUAAUAUUUAUUUACGUUCAAAAUGACCGGCGAUGAUCUCAUACAACAUAGACUAUCAUAGACUUGAAUAAUGUGUGCACGGAGGAGUGACAAAACGGAGUGUUGUCUAGAAUAAGAUCGCUACAAUAGUAAUAUAACAGUAAUAGCACAUUGCCUCGCGCUGCAUGCUCGUGCAGCGGCACUCUGAGUGCUCCACGACUUACCCUUGGCGUAUCUUCGAACGAACUUUUCAUAAACCGCAGUGCCUUAAUGACGUUAGAUGGUGCCUCAGUGCAUUUUAGUUUAGUAUGUUAGACUUAUUUAUCAAAUUAAUAUCUAGGAAUAAUUUAGUUAUUAAAUCGAAUUAAACAA